GGUCCACACAGACCUCCCAAAACGCGCACCAGCGACGAGAUCAUCGAACAUGGACGCGGACAAGCUGGCGAAGCUGAAGGCGGCGGCGGCGAAGACCCAGAUCGGCGGCAAGGGGACGAUGCGCCGAAAGGUCGUCCGCAAGCCCAAGGCCUCCGCGGCGCAGGACGACAAAAAGCUGCAGGCGGCGCUCAAGAAGCUCAACGUGCAGCCCAUCGCGGGUGUCGAGGAGGUGAACAUGUUCCGGGAAGACGGCCAUGUCCUGCACUUUAGCGCCCCGAAAGUUCACGCCGCCGUGUCCGCCAACACCUUUGCCAUCUACGGCACCGGGCACUUGAAGGAGCUCACUGAACUUGUGCCCGGCAUCCUCAACCAGCUCGGCCCCGACUCGCUCGCGUCACUCCGCAAGCUCGCCGAGUCCUACCAGUCCCUCCAGCAGGGCCAGCAAAGGCCGAACGCUGGGGCAGAGGACGACGACGACGACGAUGUGCCCGACCUGGUCGACAACUUCGACGUUGAGGAGGCCGCCAAGCCGGCCGAGGCUACCCUCGACUAAACGACGGAGACGGGCCAGGCGGCAGUCCGCUGGAACGCAGGCCGGCGACUGCACACCUGUAUACGAGGCAGUGCUCGGGAGACGGCGCAUUGUAUUCCUAGGCAGACGUGAUGUACGAUUUCAAGGCGGCGCCUAUCCUCCCUAUCUUGCUAUUUACUAUCCCUGCUGUGCGUCCGUGUAUCUUCGUGCCCCCCUCGUCCUGUUUGCUUUGCUGCUCUGCUGCAUCGCUAUAUCAUGACCGCGUAGCAAUCGCAUUUUGUACUAUCUUCAUCUCGGCAAUUCGCGUGAACCGGUGACGCGUCGCGACGCGUGUGUGACAGUGA